GGUGAAGAGCAGACGACGGAAAUUACGUCCGAGGGCGUUGGACACUACACGGGCAAAUCGGAACAGUCCCAAACCGGACCGAACCAGCUUGGUGCCGCAUGGCAGAUCUUUGGCUCGAACUCGAUGCGUCAAUCAGGGGAGGGACGCGUGGUGAAGACGAAACCCCGCAAACCGAAACCAUACCAGAAGGAUAUCCGGCCGCAGCUGCCACCGGGCAAAAUCAUGAUGGCACCGCCGAGGCGACGCACCUUUCACCAGGCAACGCAAUACCCGAAGAAUGCGUCGAUCGCUAUUGAUCGUAGUGCAGGACUGUCGCACCAUCCGAUCGGUAGCCAUGGGGCCGGCGGUAAUGUGUACGGUUCGAUGUCACACUACGACACCGUGUACGGUAUACGGGGCGUCGAGCGGCGGGAAAACGAUGGUUUCCGGCCGUUCGAGCGGUACGGCCCGAGCGCACAUCUAGGCCACUAUCACAUCCAGCCGGAGGAUGACAUCUUUCGGCCGGACGAAGAGCUGUUGAUGGAGUCGGGCGGAGGUGGUGGCAGUGCCGGCAAGGUUGACGGGCUCACCGGGAUCGAAAGCUGCGACAUCAAGUGCGAACCGCGCGAGUUCACCUGCGACAAGAGUUGUGCCUGCAUUCAUAUGGAUCUGCACUGUGACGGGCAGGCCGACUGUGUGCUGACCGAGGACGAGCAGAACUGCGAGAUCGUGCACCAGCGGCUAGCCCAGCAGAUAAAGGACAACUGUGAGACAAGCGGUACGCACGUCAUCUGUGCGACGACGCACACCUGCAUCUCGCGCGACUGGCUGUGCGAUGGGGACGACGACUGCGGUGACUAUACGGACGAAACGCACUGCGGCUCCAGGCUCGAGUGUACCGAGGAGAAGUUCGAGUGCCAGAAUGGGAUGUGUAUACCACGGGACUGGGUGUGUGAUGGUGACAACGACUGUAACGAUCUGUCGGACGAGAAAAACUGCACUAAACAGUGUACGCGGGACGAGUUUCGGUGCAAGGACGGUUCCUGCAUCUCGGCCUCGUUCCAGUGCGACGGCGAGACGGACUGUAUCGACGAGUCGGACGAAGCGAACUGUGACCGGCCGAUGCAAAGCUGCCCGGAGGGUGAGUUUAAGUGCAAGGGUGCGCUCGGUGGCAUGGGCGGACCGGGCGGACGGUGCGUGCUAAUGCGGUUCCGCUGCGACGGGGAUAACGAUUGUGGCGAUUGGAGCGAUGAGGAGAACUGUCCGAAGAAGCAGGUCGACUGUAUGAUCAACGAGUUUAAGUGCGACGAUGGCGAUUGCAUCCCGCUGCAGUGGAGGUGCGACGACAAGCAGGACUGCAACAAUGGGGAGGACGAGAAGAACUGUCCGGUGGAUCGGAUCGCUGGCCGGACCUGCUCGCCGGAUGAGUACACGUGCAAGGAUGGCCGUUGCAUUCUGCGAUCCUGGGUGUGUGAUGGAACGGCAGACUGUCGACGGGGCGAAGAUGAACAGGACUGUGACAUCAAGUGCGAGUUGAACCAGUUCCUGUGCCCAUCGGGCAGCCGGAACAGUACGCGCGACUCCGUAUGCAUCAAUCAGAAGCACGUCUGCGACGGACACACUGACUGUGCGAACGGUGAAGAUGAGAUGCGCUGCCCGAUCGUGCAUCCGUGCGGAGCACACUCACGCUGCGAACAGCUCUGCGUGACGGCUUACAGCGGGCGGGAAGAGUGCAUGUGCCGGCCAGGCUAUCUGCUCCACGGCAACGGUUACAAUUGUACCGACAUCGACGAGUGUACGAUCACCAGCAAUCCGGUCUGUUCGCAGGAGUGCAUGAACAUUGCGGGCAGCUUUCGCUGCUCGUGCCAGGCCGGGUACGUACUGCGGCCGGAUCAGCGCACCUGCAAAGCAGUCGGCGGCUCGGUAAAGCUGCUGAUGGCAAACCGGGCCGACAUACGGCAAGUCUCGCUCAGCAACAAUCAGUACACAUCGAUAGCGAAAGGUUUGCCGAAUGCUAUCGCACUCGACUACCACUAUCGGCAGGACCUGCUGUUCUGGACGGACGUUUCGAUCGAUGUAAUUAAACGGUCGCAUCUGAACGGGAGCGGUGUGCGUGACGUGAUCAAAUGGGGGUUAGAGUCACCCGGAGGGCUUGCUGUCGACUGGAUACACGAUCUACUGUUCUGGACGGAUUCGGGUACGCGCCGGGUGGAGGUGUCAACGCUGGAUGGGCAGAUGCGGGCAGUGAUUGCGGCGAGCGAUCUGGACAAACCGCGCGCCAUUGCCGUACACCCUGGCCGGGCCCUUGUAUUCUGGACCGACUGGGGUACGGCGCCGAAGAUAGAGCGUGCAUUUAUGGAUGGUUCCGAGCGGCAGACAAUUAUUGCGGAAGCUAUCUUCUGGCCAAAUGGACUCACGAUCGAUUACACCAGCAAUCGGAUCUACUGGGCCGAUGCGAAGCACGUCAUCGAGAGCGCAAACUUUGAUGGACGAGCUAGGCGCAAGAUACUGAGCAAUAAUUUGCCGCACCCGUUUGCACUAGCCCUGUUCGAGGACUCGAUGUACUGGACCGAUUGGCACACGAAAACGAUCUCGACUGCAAGCAAGGUAAAUGGACGCGGGUUUCGCGUUGUACACGAGGGACUCCACUUCCCGAUGGGCAUCCAGAGCUAUCACCCGUCCCGCCAGCCCGACUUUACGAACCGGUGCGCUAUGGAUAAGAGUGGCAGAAAAGGUGGCUGUUCGCAUUUGUGCUUACCGGCCCGUACCCAUCGUCGCUGUGCCUGUCCGAUUGGUCUAACGCUGCGGCCAGAUCAGAAGACGUGCUCAACCGUACCGGACAAGUUGCUGCUGAUCGCACGCAAGAAGGACGUACGGGUGAGGCAACUUGAUGCGGCAAAUCCGGUCGAUAUGGUACUACCGCUCGAUGGUAUCAAAUCGACCGUAGCAGUGGAUUGGUGUAGCCGCACGAAUGUCAUCUACUGGACGGAUGUGGGCAAAAGUAUGAUAAGCCGUGCGUUCAUUAACGGUAGCCAACAGGAAGCGAUCGUAAAAUCGAACCUGAUCUCCCCGGCGGGGCUCGCACUGGACUGGGUAACGGACAAGAUAUACUGGACCGAUCCGGGCACGAACCGGAUCGAAGCUGCUACCACGGACGGACGGCAGCGAGCGCUACUGAUCUGGGAACGGCUAGACAAACCGAGAGACAUAGUGGUACAUCCGGGCGAGGGGUACAUGUUCUGGUCGGACUGGGGCUCCAAUCCACUGAUCGAGCGUGCCGGCAUGGAUGGUAGCGCCCGAUUUACGCUCGUGUCGGAGAAUCUCCAGUGGCCGAACGGGUUAGCACUGGAUGUGGAUAAGCAGCGGCUGUACUUUCUCGACGGUGGUACGAAGUCGCUCGAGUACGUCAACUACGACGGCACUGGGCGGAAUCGGUUGAUUACCGAAGGUUUGAAGCACCCGUUCGGGCUGGACGUGUAUGAGAAGCGCGUGUAUUGGACGGAUUGGGACACGCACAGUAUACAGGUGGCAAACAUGUACAACGGGCAUGACCGACGCACCAUACUAGCGAACAACACCGACCUGAUGGAUAUCCGGGUGUUUCACCGUAAUAGGCGCGAUUCACGCAAUCCCUGUGCACACAAAAAUGGAGGCUGUUCGUACAUUUGUUUGCUGAAUCCAACUAGCUAUAGUUGUGCCUGUCCGAUUGGUAUCCAGCUCAAGGAUAAUGGCAAAACGUGCAAGAGUGGACCAUCGAACUAUCUCGUGUUUGCGCAUCGUACCGAGGUGCGCCAGGUAUCGCUCGACAGUGACUAUCAGAUCGAUGUCGUACUGCCACUACCACCGAUCUCGAACGUAGUGACGCUGGACGUUGAUAGACGCACGGGUGAAAUCUAUUGGGCGGACACGAUUGAGGACGUGAUCAUGCGCUCCACACCGGACGGUAUGCGUAUCAAGCAGAUCUACAGCGAGAGCAUGACCAGUGUGGAUGGACUCGUAAUCGAUUCGAUUGGUCGCAAGCUCUACUGGACGGAUGCUGGCCGGAAGGUGUUGGAGGUGAGCGAUCUCGAAGAAGGCAUCCGUAGUGCGCUGGUCUGGAAGGAGCUGGAACAACCGCGCGGUAUCGCACUCGACUACGAAUCCGGCUACCUGUUCUGGUCCGACUGGGGCGCGAAUCCACGCAUCGAGCGCUCCGACAUGGACGGUGAGAACCGGAUCGAUCUCAUCACGGAAGGGCUCGGCUGGCCGAACGGGCUUGCCGUUGAUCGGGCGGCCAAGCGCAUCUACUGGGCCGACGCACAGAUGAAAACAAUCGAGUCCUGCACGCUGAGCGGUGCGUCCCGGACGAAGGUGGUAGAGAAUCUGCCACAUCCGUACGCGCUCGCUGUCACCGCGCGCACCAUCUACUGGACCGACUGGAUCACCAAGGCACUGCACUCGGUACCGAAAUCGAACCCAGCCCACAUACGCAACGUAACGCACGGUUUGGAGGGCCUGAUGGACGUGAAGGUGGUGCAGGAGGACGAGGAACGCCAUCUGGAGAAUGUGUGCGGUGCGGGUAAUGGUGGAUGUUCGCAUCUCUGUCUGCGCAAUCCGACUGGCUAUUCGUGCAAAUGUCCGACCGGUUUAACAAUGCGUGAAGGUAGCACCACAGAGUGUAAAACCCUACCAGAUGAGUAUCUGCUGAUUGCGCUACGCUCCGGCAUAGGACGCAUCUCGCUCGAUACACCGGAUCUGUUCGAUGUGGUAUUGCCGAUAGAGGGCGUCCAUGGUGCCGUCGUGCUUGACUAUCAUUUCGACAGCAUGUACGUGUUUUACGCAGACGUGAACGUGGAUGCGAUCCGACGCGUCAACAUGCACAACUACUCCGACACGCAGGUGAUUGUGUCGAGCGCGCUAAACACACCGAACGGCAUCGCUGUUGACUGGCUGGCGGAUAACCUCUACUGGACGGAUACGGCACUGAAGAAAAUCGAGGUCGCCCGGCUGGAUGGUACGUGCCGGAAGGCGAUCCUUACCGAUGGGCUAGAUGAUCCACGGUCGAUCAUCCUCUACCCGAAGCGUGGCUUCGUCUUCUGGGCUGACUGGGGCCAAACGCCCAAGAUCGAACGCGCCUAUAUGGACGGUUCCGAGCGGCGCAGUAUCAUCGACUUUGAGCUUGGCUUCCCGACCGGUCUCGCAAUCGACUUUGACGCGAAGAAGCUCUACUGGGCGGACGCACUCCAGGAUCGGAUCGAGCUGUGCGAUUUCGAUGGUAGACGGCGCCAGCAGGUAGUGUCACACGCGACCCACCCAUUCGGUUUCACGCUCACCGCUACGCAUCUCUACUGGACGGACUGGUACAACAAGUCGGUGCUGCGUGCACCGAAGUACAGUGCGUCGAACGUGGAGGUUGCACGGUUCAGUUUGCGUGGUGCGCUAGAGAUACGUGCCGUGUCCGGACAACGGCAACCGCACGACUGGAACCCGUGCCGGCGGGAUAAUGGCGGCUGUUCACAUCUGUGUCUGUAUGCCGAGACGCGGUACGUGUGCGGGUGUCCGGAUGUGCCGGAUGCGCAUCACUGCGACCUCGAACCGACCUUUCUCGUGCAGAUGAAGCCGAACGAUGAGAUGAUGUCGGCGACGGAAGAGAAACCGAUCCGCUCGAACGGUUCAACCGUGCUGAGCAGCAGCCGCAUGCACGCGCAGCUAGUCAUCAUAGCGACCGCCAUCUUGGCCGGGUUGCUGAUAAUCGUUGUCAUCGCCAUCCUAGUGCUGAUUGUCAACUCGAAACGCAAGCAGAGUAAGAAAAGCUCGCGCAGUGCCAGCGAUGUGCUGACCUUUACCAAUCCCAACUACAACGGCAUCGAAGGUCUCUGCCAAACGGGCGAUGCAGGGUCGUCGCGCAACACCAUCUGGAAGCGGCUAAAGUAUGAUCGUGCACAGGAGCGAGUGUUUGAGGAGAAGUACCUGGGCGUUCAGCACCAUGGAACGAGCAAUGGAAGCUACCUAGCGUCGACACCCACGUCCCAGAUCACACCAGUGUCGGCUGUUCUUCCCGUUUAAGGUGUA